UUUGGCACGUAACAAAGCCCAUUGAUUGAUCUUCCUCAGCGUACCCCUCGUUCGUACCCUUGACGUAGUCGUACAGCUAGAGUGGGCGGGAAAAGUAAAAGAAAGACGGGCGAAGAGAGAAACGGACGGGAAUGAAGCAUGAAGGAUAAAGGAAAGAGAUCGGUGGACGAGAGGUACGGGCAAUGGAAGACACUGAUCCCUGUCCUCUACGACUGGCUCGCUAAUCACAAUCUCGUUUGGCCCUCUCUCUCUUGCCGAUGGGGUCCUCAGCUGGAGCAGGCGACAUACAAGAAUCGCCAGCGUCUGUACCUUUCUGAACAGACUGAUGGCAGUGUCCCAAAUACUCUUGUAAUUGCAAACUGCGAGGUUGUUAAACCCAGGGUUGCUGCUGCGGAGCACAUAUCACAGUUCAAUGAAGAAGCACGCUCUCCCUUUGUAAGGAAGUAUAAAACUAUAAUACAUCCAGGCGAGGUGAACAGAAUCAGGGAACUGCCUCAAAACAGUAAGAUAGUGGCUACGCACACUGACAGCCCUGAUGUUCUCAUUUGGGAUGUUGAGUCUCAACCCAAUCGCCAAGCUGUCCUGGGAGCCACAGCGUCUCAUCCAGAUUUGGUAUUGACUGGGCAUAAAGAUAAUGCUGAAUUUGCUCUUGCUAUGUGCCCAACUGAGCCCUUUGUGCUCUCUGGAGGUAAAGACAAAUUAGUGGUGUUCUGGAGUAUUCAAGAUCAUAUCUCAACCUUGGCUACUGACCCAGUGUCUACAAAGUCUCCUGGUUCUGGUAGCUCUAAUUCAAAACAUGCCUCUAGGACUGGUGGGAGUAAUGAUAAAUCUACUGAGAGGCCUUCUAUUGGGCCUCGAGGUAUCUACAAAGGGCAUGGUGAUACUGUUGAAGAUGUUCAAUUCUGCCCGUCAAGUGCACAGGAGUUCUGCAGUGUAGGAGAUGAUUCUUGCCUUAUACUGUGGGAUGCAAGAACUGGUUCUAGUCCAGUUGUCAAGGUUGAGAAAGCUCAUAAUGCUGAUCUUCAUUGUGUUGAUUGGAAUCCUCAUAAUGUAAAUCUGAUUCUCACAGGCUCUGCUGAUAAUUCUGUUCACAUGUUUGAUCGCCGGAACCUCACUUCUGGUGGGUUUGGAUCACCUAUUCAUAAGUUUCAGGGUCACAGUGCUGCUGUCCUUUGUGUUCAGUGGUCUCCAGACAAGUCAUCAGUCUUUGGAAGUUCUGCAGAGGAUGGCAUUCUAAAUAUAUGGGAUUAUGAGAAGGUUGGUAAAAAGCAAGAUUCUGUUGGGUUGAAAUUGCCAAAUGCUCCUCCAGGAUUAUUUUUCCGGCAUGCUGGGCAUAGGGAUAAGGUUGUUGACUUCCAUUGGAAUGCCUCUGAUCCCUGGACAAUUGUCAGUGUUUCUGAUGAUUGUGAAAGCACUUCAGGAGGUGGUACUCUUCAGAUAUGGAGGAUGAUUGAUUUUGUUUACAGGGAUGAAGAGGAGGUCCUUGAAGAAUUAGACAAUUUUAGAUCUCACAUUCUUAAAUGUGAUGAUGAAAGUUAGGAACUUAUUUUGUAGUAUUUUUCUUCAAUUUCGCCCAUCUUUCUUUACUGUUUAUUUCAGUUUUCCUUAAAUUUCUAUUUUAGAAAGUGGAUCUAUUUUCUGUAAAUACCAUGUGAACCCAUUAGAAACCAGAAUGUAGCUUUAAUCCUUACUGGAGUGGCAAGAGAAGCAGCAAAAGCUAAGUAUUCGAUCCGAUACUAA